CCCCCGCGGGCUGUAAGAGCGCCCAGACUUCCGGACUAGCUGGGGCGGGUGCUGUGUGAGCCCAGCUAGUCUCCCCCCACCCCGCCCGCCCUCCUUCCUCCCCUCCUCCUGCGCGCUGUGCCUGCCCAGCCUCUCCUAAGACGGACGCUUGGCACUAUGUCUCUGCGUAACCCUGUCCUGCAACCCCCCGGGGUGAAGGCCUAUCUGAGCCAAGGCGAGCGCUUCAUCAGAUGGGAUGAUCAUGCCUCAGGAAAGGCUUUGCAGAAGCUAGUCUUUGACGGUAUUUUAGGCAAGAGGGGCUGGGUGCUGAGGCUGGGAGCCUCCCCGGUUAUCCUCCGUGUGGACCCCAAGGGCUACUACUUGUGGACAUAUCAGAGUAAGGAGAUGGAGUUUCUGGAUAUCACCAGCAUCCGGGACACCCGCUUUGGGAAGUUUGCCAAGAUGCCCAAGAGCCAGAAGCUCCGGGAUGUCUUCAACAUGGACUUUCCUGACAACAACUUUGCUGAGACGCUCACCGUGGUGUCUGGCCCCGACAUGGUGGACCUCACCUUCCAUAACUUCGUCUCCUACAAAGAGAACGUGGGCAAGGUGCACCGGGGGCGCCUGGCCUGGGGCUGGGCACCUGGGACAGACUGGGCUGAAGAUGUCCUGGCUCUGGCCAAACACCCGCUGACGGCCAACGCCUCCCGCAGCACCUUCCUGGACAAGAGGUAAGUGCCUCUCAAGAUGCAGCUCAACCCUGAAGGGAAGAUUCCUGUGAAGAUUUUUUCCAGAUGUUUUCCUGCUGACCGCAAGCGGGUGGAAGCUGCCCUCAGCGCCUGCCACCUCCCCAAAGGCAAGAAUGAUGCCAUCAAUCCCGAGGACUUCCCAGAAUCCGUCUACAAGAGUUUCCUCAUGAACCUUUGUCCUCGGCCAGAAAUAGAUGAGAUCUUCACUUCCUACCACGCCAAGGCCAAACCCUACAUGACUAAGGAGCACCUGGCCAAAUUCAUCAACCAGAAACAGCGCGACUCCAGGCUCAACUCCCUGCUGUUCCCGCCUGUGCGGCCUGACCAGGUGCAGGGCCUCAUCGACAAGUACGAGCCCAGAGGCGUCAACGUGCAGAGGGGCCAGCUGUCCCCCGAGGGCAUGGUAUGGUUUCUCUGUGGGCCAGAGAACAGCGUGCUGGCCCAGGACAAGCUGCUGCUGCACCACGACAUGACGCAGCCGCUCAACCAUUACUUCAACUCCUCCCACAACACCUACCUGACAGCCGGCCAGUUCUCAGGCCUUUCCUCUGCGGAGAUGUACCGCCAGGUGCUGCUGGCGGGUUGCCGCUGCGUGGAGCUGGACUGCUGGAAGGGGAAGCCCCCUGAUGAGGAGCCCAUUAUCACCCACGGCUUCACCAUGACCACAGACAUCUAUUUCAAGGAAGCAAUUGAAGCUAUUGCAGAAAGUGCCUUUAAGACCUCCCCUUAUCCGGUCAUCCUGUCGUUUGAAAACCACGUGGACUCACCCCGCCAACAGGCUAAGAUGGCCGAGUACUGCCGAACGAUAUUUGGGGAUAUGCUGCUCACAGAGCCACUGGAAAAGUUCCCACUGAAACCAGGCAUCCCCCUGCCCAGCCCUGAGGAUCUCCGAGGCAAGAUCCUCAUCAAGAACAAGAAGAAACAGUUUCCUGGUCCCGCAGGCCCCAGCCAGGAGCCGGGUGGGGAGGCUGAGGGGAGCGGCCCACCCAAUGUCCCUGUGGGUGAGGACACAGUGUGGGCUGGUGAGGAAGGGCUGAGCUGGAGGAGGGAGGAGGUGGAAGAGGAAGAGGAGGAGUCGGGAAGCCUGGAUGAAGAAGAGAUGAAGAAGAUGCAGUCAGAUGAGGGCACAGCGGGCCUGGAGGUGACGGCUUACAAGGAAAUGUCCAGCCUAGUCAAUUACGUCCAGCCCACCAAGUUCAUCUCCUUCGAGUCCUCUGCCCAGAAGAACCGAAGUUAUGUCAUUUCCUCCUUCACGGAGCUCAAGGCUUACGACCUGCUCUCCAAGUCCUCAGUGCAGUUUGUGGACUACAACAAGCGCCAGAUGAGCCGCAUCUACCCCAAGGGCACCCGCAUGGACUCCUCCAACUACAUGCCCCAGAUGUUCUGGAAUGCUGGUUGCCAGAUGGUUGCUCUCAACUUCCAGACGAUGGACCUGCCCAUGCAGCAGAACAUGGCGCUCUUUGAGUUCAACGGGCAGAGUGGCUACCUCCUCAAGCAUGAGUUCAUGCGUCGGUUGGACAAGCAGUUCAACCCCUUCUCGGUGGACCGCAUCGACGUGGUGGUAGCCACGACCCUUUCCAUUACGGUGAUCUCUGGGCAGUUCCUGUCAGAACGCAGUGUGCGCACCUAUGUGGAAGUGGAGCUGUUUGGCCUUCCUGGGGACCCCAAGAGGCGCUAUCGCACCAAGCUGUCACCCAGUACCAAUUCCAUCAAUCCUGUCUGGAAGGAGGAGCCCUUUGUCUUUGAGAAGAUCUUGAUGCCUGAGCUGGCCUCCCUCAGGGUGGUUGUGAUGGAGGAUGGCAACAAGUUUCUUGGACACCGCAUCAUCCCCAUCAAUGCCCUGAAUUCUGGAUACCACCAUCUGUGCCUGCACAGUGAGAGCAACAUGCCGCUCACCAUGCCUGCGCUCUUUGUCUUCCUGGAGAUGAAGGACUAUGUACCUGACACCUGGGCAGACCUCACGGUGGCCCUCGCCAAUCCCAUCAAGUUCUUCAGUGCCCAUGAUAAGAAGUCUGUGAAGCUCAAGGAAGCCAUGGGAGGCCUGCCUGAGAAUCCCUUCCCUCUCGGGGGUCCAGUUGCCCGCCAGGUCAAUGGGGCAUCGGCUCCAACGAGCAACGGGUCAGCAGCAGACGGGGCCAAGGCCGGGGAGGAGGCCACGAAAGAAGCUGCGGAGCCGCGGACCGCCAGCCUGGAGGAGCUGCGGGAGCUGAAGGGCGUCGUGAAGCUGCAGCGGCGGCACGAGAAGGAGCUGCGGGAGCUGGAGCGGCGCGGGGCGCGGCGCUGGGAGGAGCUGCUGCAGAGGGGCGCGGCGCAGGCGGCCGAGUUCGGGCCGCCGGGCGCUGGGGGCGGCGGCGAGGGCCGGGGCCGCAAGCUCGGCCCGGGGAAAGGCUCCCGCAAAAAGAGGACCCCGCCGGGCGAGGACCCCGCCGGGGCGGCGCCGGCCGAAGGCCCCGAGGGCGCGGACGCGCGCCUGCGAGAGCUGAGGGACAGGCUGGAGCUGGAGCUGUUGAGGCAGGGCGAGGAGCAGUGCGAGUGUGUUCUGAGGCGGCAGGGAAGCAGCAAACAAAUGACCAAGAUGAUGGAGCUGGCCAGAGAGAGACAGGCUGCAGAGCUGAAGACCCUCAAGGAGACUUUGGAGACUGACACCAAAGAGAUGAAGAAAAAGCUGGAGGCCAAGAGGCUGGAGCGGAUCCAGGCCAUGAUGAAGGUCACCACAGACAAGAUGGCUCAGGAGAGGUUGAAGAGAGAGAUUAACAACUCCCACAUCCAGGAGGUGGUGCAGGUCAUCAAGCAGAUGACGGACAACCUGGAGAGGCACCAGGAGAAGCUGGAAGAGAAGCAGGCAGCCUGCCUGGAACAGAUCCGGGAGAUGGAAAAGCAGUUCCAGCAGGAGGCGCUGGCAGAAUACAAGGCAAGUGAAGGGCCUGAGGUGGAAGUAAAGGAGUCGGUGAGGACCUGCCUCAGGCCUGCUUGCCCUCUGCGGAGGAGUGACAAGCCUGAGAGGACCUACAGGGUCUCCAGGGGGCUGUGUGAGCAGGAUGCCCUCACAGAGAAGACAGACGCCCAGGAGAGCCUCCUUGAUGCCCCCCAUGCCCUUGGGACGUUCUGCAAGGACAUUCACCCUUCCUGGGAUGUGGGUCAUUCCCCCUGGAGGAAAGGGCCCAGCACUGUGAAGCUGCGGGAAGCUGGAGCUCCCUUGGACACUGGAGCCCCUUUCUCAACAGUCAGGCUAAGUAGGAGGCAGGAACCAGGCCAUCUGGGGCCCAUCUGGGGCCUGGAGGUCCUCUCCAAGCCAACAUCCUGCUCCUCCUGCUUCCCCUUCCCUCUGAAUAAGUGUCUGUCACAUGUUGUUGAGGGCAAAAGAAUAUGAACUUGGAGGCAGGAAAUGCGGUCCUGGCCCCACUCUGCAUUUCCUAGUGUGCCACUCUGGACUCAGUUCCUCACCUGGAGGGUUAGGCCUGGCCACCUGGAACCUCCACUCCAUCACCUGUAGUUCAAGCAGGUCCAAACUCCCAAACUCUCCUGCCAUAAGGCGGGCAGCUCACCCUGGCUUCUAGGCCCCAUCUCGGCUUGCCCUGAGUUGGCCUCAUUGUCAGCUCCCUGAUUACAGAGUCCAGCACUUCCUUCCAGCUCCCUGGGGACAGCUGCUCCAGGAUCCCAGGCUAAGGUGGCUUCCACUGCCUCCUGCCCUUGGGGGAUGGGAGGCUGAUGUGGAAAAGCGGCCUCAGCUGUGUGGCCCUCAGGCCACAAUGAGACAACUGGGGCUGGGGGUGGUGAGGGGAGAAGACGCCUUUUGUGCACUCUCCCACCCAGAGCCAGCCACCACCUUUCCUAGGCCUGGGGGGGUACUUCCAGCAUGUGCCCUGCUCUAGACUGUCUGACAAGGUCAGCACCAUUUUCUCUCCUGACUUUAUGAGGUUAUUUAUUUUUCUCUUUCUUACUCCUACUAAAGAAACCCUGUCUCAAGA